ACAAUGUUGCGGUGUUCUGGUUUGCCAUUCCUGCCCGGUAACACAUUUCAAGAUAUCGGUCGAUGGAAGUUCCAUAAAUCGCACCAUUUUGAUCAGCGCAACCAAGUAUGCAUGCUGGUCGAUACCAAACGUCCCGGUAUCGGAGGCAAGCCAUUGCUGCCGACCGACAGUCCCGAGUACACGCUUCCUUCGCUGUAUCCUCCCAAAUAUGGCCCGAGCCGCCCAUCGUGGCUAGAAUACGACCGGCAGGUGCUUUGUUUCUACGGUUUCUUUCAGGAAUCGCUCACCGACGUCGACCGCAUACCGUAUCAAAUCCGGAAGGUGCGUAUACUGUACUAUCUGGAGGACGAUACCAUGCAAGUGAGCGAGCCACGCACGCUCAACUCCGGCAUUCCCCAGGGUUGUUUGGUAACGCGACAACGAAUCCCACGGCCAGCACCGUACGACGGUGAAUUUACCUCACUGCUGGAUUUAAAUAUCAACCACACGGUGCAGCUGUUCGAUCGAGUCUACACCGUUACCGGGUGUGACGAUUUCACGCGCCGCUUUCUUAAUCGUUUGGGAGUGUCCGUUCCAGGAUCGAGUGACCAACCGAGCGAUCCAGCCACGGAACUACGCAAGCAACAGGAUUCCGCCAAAAUGGCCAAACGGCCCGCUUACAAAAUCGACACGUUGGGUAAGUUUCUGCAGUACGAUCGGAAGGUGCUCCGGUUCAAGGGUGUCUGGGAUGAUCGCACCAGCGUGUUCGGUGACGUCCACGAGCUCGAGAUCCUGUAUCAUCUCAGCGACGAUUCGUUCGAAGUUAAGGAGAAGCUGCCGGUUAAUUCGGGGCGCGAUUCAAAUGGAAUGUUCCUUCGUCGCGGCCGGUUGCCCAAAACGUUCGACCAUCUGCCAACGAUGGGCGAAAGCACUCCGGUGACCGUACUGAACGUCAUCGGCGGUGGCCUAAAGGGAGGUCGCUACCUUACGGACUGCGUGGGCAUUGGCAAAUCGAACGAGAAUUAUUACCGCGACGGUGAUUUGCGCAUCGGUGCCCGAAUCAACGUGUACGGCCGGAUGGUACUCCUGACGGGGUGUGAUCGCUUCACCGAGGAUUACUAUCGCGCGGUGUAUGGCCUGGAGGACUUUACGUCCCUCCACGGAUACACCGCGUCUCAGGAGCAGUUUGUGCAUGGCAGACGGCCUGAGCGGGAAUUGCCGCCUUUCAACGGCUGGGGUACUCACGAAGAUUCCGAAGGAAACUGUUUGACGCUGGAACCGAAACCACCCAAGAUUAACUUCCGCAAAUUUGUCGUGUACGACCGGUGCAACCUUCGAUUCGGAGCGAGGAUGAUCUCGAACAUUCGCGAGAACAAUGACCGCUUUUUCGUCAUCAGCUACUAUCUCAGCGAUGACACGGUGUCGGUGUACGAGAUACCGAUACGCAAUUCCGGCUUCCAGGGCGGCGAGUUCAUUAAGCGGCGCAAAUUGCCACUGCCCCGACAGGAUCCGUUCGGGGCGGAAAAGCCUGUAUGUUACGGACCCGAGCAUUUUUAUCUCGGUGCAAGCGUACGCUUGCAGGACCACCGGUUUCACGUGACAAAUGCCGACAUUUACGCGCUGCGCUUCAUGGAGCUGCACUGCGAAGAGUUCCCGCUUUCGAACGUAGGCAAGAUCGUACAAAAGCUACGGGACGCCUUGCGACCUCAGUACAAGGAGUACGUUGCGAAGCACAUGGCCAAGGUGACGCAAUCCAAAAUCGAUGGUCGCACGGUCAGCACCGUCACGUACGAAGCCUUGCGAGAAAUGCUCGUCGAACUGCUCGGUGAUCGUAUCGUUGAUCAAGAGAUUGUGACCCUGUGUCGGUUGUUUUCGGCCGAAUCGGAACAACCGGAUCAAUGCGACAAAGAGCUGGUUCGGUCGGCCGUGCAUGCCGAGCUGAACCGCGCCUUGUGGAGCGAUCUGGAACGCACUAAAGAACAUAUUUAUCACCUGGAACCGACCAACCCAGCGUGGCUAACUCCACAGCGGCUCCGCACCAUCGCGAAAGCCUGUCGGAUACCGCUGGACUAUGCGCUGGUAGACAAAAUGUUACAAGUGUUGGCUAAAAAUGACCAAGGCCUAAUUUCGAUGGAGGACUUCUUGACAAUGCUAGAUCCUUCUGCUUUGCCAAGCAAACCGAUACAACCACUGAACAUUAAACAUGAUGUGUGCAAUUUUACACCGUACCGUGUGACCGGCAAGCUAGUCAACUGGGAACAACUUCUGGCACACAUCGAUCUCGAAGCAACUCUCACAAAUCAGAUUUCUUAAUAGGACAGUAAAUAGUUUUUUGGUUGGAAUCG